CUCUCACCACGGCUCUUCUCUUUCCUACGGUUCAUCUUCCGGGCCCCAAUGGUGCCUCUAAUAAUACAGCGGUAAGUUGUGGCGUCAAAUGAGCAUGUCCUGUAUAUCCAAGCAACCAAACAACACCCAUAUGUUUGCCGAAGUCCCAAAAUCGAUCGAGCAAAGGGAAAAAAAAUAGCGAAAAAGAAAAGAAAAAUAGCCGCGGGAGCGAGAGGUGAGUCGAAGAGAGAAGAAAAGAAAAAAGAGAUUUUUUUUUUCCUGCUUGAUCUACCCGAUUCACCUCGAGGAUAGCGAAGGAGUAGAAGAAGAAGAAGAAGAAGAAGAAGAAGACGUGGAGAGCGAAGCAAAGAGAAGACGAGCAAAAGCGCUUGAGAGGGGUAGAGAGAGAGAGAGAGAGAGAGAGAGAGAGGAGGAGGAGGAGGAGGACGAGGAGAACCGGAGCUACAUGCGCCGCCGGCUGAAUCGAGGCGACGUCCGCUAGUGUUCCGAGCUCGGGAAGAGGUCAGCUUCAAUUUUCUCCUUCUCUUUUUCUUUCCUCAUCCUCGUCAUCGUCCUCGCACGGAUUACUUUCUUUUCUCCAUUCGUCUUCUUCUUUCUCUACUUAUCUCGCUUUGAUCCGGGCGGGAAACCCGUUGAAAUCCGCUUCGAUCAGUUGUGGGUCCUCUGACCGCAGGCAGGGGAGCGGAUCGCUGCCUGGUUAUUUCUUGGUGUUCCGGUGCGCAAUGAAAGCUUUCCGAGAUGGCUGCUGCUAAAUGGAUCUUGAUCCUGUGCUUUAGGGUUUUUGGCUUCUCUAUGCAAGAACUCCGGUUUCAAGUUUUCAUCUCUGCGGCUGCGGUUUCUCGAUCUUUCUUUGAUUGAGGGUUUUGGUUGUGGAAGAUGAGAUUUCCGCCUGCAUUGCUGUUGCUGAUGAGUUGGCCGCUUUGUAUAGCUCAUGUUCUAUCAAGAAGAAGGUGCAAACCCUACUCAUGACUAAAUCAUAGAGUGGCAGAGGAUGGUUUAAUCUUCUUAAUUUGGUGGUUGAUUCGAUGACAAGUAUUCAUUGAGAGAUGCCACAGCCGCCAAUGCUGCAGCCGCAGCCGCCGCUGCCGCCAAUUAUGAAGCAUUCCCGGACUAACCUUGGUGACCUUAAAUCCCUGAUAACCAAGCGUCUCGGCCAGGAGCGAGCACAGCGCUACUUCAGCUAUCUGAACGAUUUGCUGUCGCAGAAGCUGAGCAAGCGUGAGUUUAGCAAACUCUGCAUUUUGACACUCGGCCAUGAGAAUCUCCCCUUCCACAAUCAACUCAUCAGUUCUAUCCUUCAGAAUGCCUCAAGGGCUAAAGUUCCACCACCUGUUCAUCAUGACAAAUUUGCCCAAAUGCCAACUGGAAUUGUGUUGAAUGGUGAUGUCUUGCCGAGGUUGCCCCACAAGAUCAGGAGUAGGACCGAUAAUCACCGGGUUAAAGACUGCCCCAGUCCCCUUGGACCAAAUGGGAGGGCACAAGUGUCUGCUCAGCUGUCAUCGAUACCAUAUAACACAGCAGUUUUAGGUCAGCAUGAUGAUCUGAACUCAAGUGACUUGCAGAAAUUAAUACAACAACAACAGUGUGGGCCUCACAAGCAGCCAACAAAGAGAGCAAGGAUAGAUGAAACACCUGUGCACGACCAGGGUGCCGUACAUAGCCCAGUUCUUGCUGAAGUAGUUUCUGUAGACCAAAGGGAGGACAUAGAACACUGGAAUAAAAUGGCUUCCCUUAAAGGUCCUCUUCAGGCUCCACUUGGAAUUCCUUUCUGUUCAGCAAGUGUUGGCGGGGCAAGAACGCCAUUAUCAUCAGGUAGUGCUAACAUUGAUAGGUUUCAUAGGAGUUAUGAUUCUAGUGAACUGUAUCAUACUGAGGUAUUGAAAAAACGAAUGGAAAAAAUAGCAAAAGCACUGGGCUUGGAAGGAGUGACAAUGGACUGUGCCAACUUGCUGAACAAUGGGUUGGAUGUGUACUUGAAGCGGUUGAUUGGUUCAUGCAUUGAGCUAGUAGGAGUAAGAACAAGGCAUGAAUCAACAAAGCAGCCAUUUUCCAAUCUCCUUCCUUUUGCACAACCUGAGAAUGGUAUUUGUGUAGGAAGCCAAAUGCAUGGUAAUGUUGGUUUGGAAGGCACGCAUGUGUUGAGUAUGCAAGAUUUUAAGGUAGCAAUGGAGGUAAAGCCACAGCAACUUGGGGAGGAUUGGCCCAUGCUGCUUGAGAAAAUAUAUGUUCGCUCAUUUGAGGAAUAGUAGAAAGUAUGAAACCAUUGCUGGUUUGCAGGAACCUUUGGCACUUGGAUGGGCUCUGCUGUUGAGCACCAGUCUAUUUGGGAUUGUGAGAAACCUAUUUGAGCUUCUUGGUUAAAAGAUGUCCCUUGUAAGCUUCUUCCAGGAUCAGCCUAGAAGGAUUCUGUAAGAUCAUGCUAAGGAUCAUCUCAAACAAUUAAAAAUCCUUAUAUCAGCCUGUCCAAAGGAAAGAAACCAUCCUGUUUGUCUCACUUAUUAUAUGUAAGCAUAUUUAAGGAGGUGGCCUCUUUCUCACAGUAUCACCACCAGAGUCUCAAGCUGUAAUGCAAUUUGCAUCAUGGAGAUUGAGGAAAAUUCUGCAUGAUUUCUUCUGUAUCUUAUACAAUCACUUCUAAACGAAGGUUACAGUUGUCCAUGAAGGGUCUAUGUGCUGAUAUUUGCAAAACCAAAAGCUCUGAACAUGACCGCCGCUUGACGUGAAAGAAAGUCCGAAGUAUUCGUGAAACAGUUGGUUGAUUUAUGCUUCCAACAAGACAAAGCCGAAAUGUUUCCACCAGCCUCCAUGAGUCUUAUGCAUAGAUAGACAGGACAAAGUUCGUUGUGGAUGAUCUCAUAGAGCAAGAAGAGAGAAGAGUAUGUUUUGCUACUGUUGUCUUGUUGUUGUUGUUGUUGUGGUUGUUCACUUAUGUGCAUUGUUUUUUCCCCAGUUUUGUGUUUUUGGCACUUGUGAGCAAAUAAUAAUUGAUUGGUCUGCAUGUGAAAGACUUUCGAAGAUAAAUUUGAUGUUUUUAAGACAUAAAUCAUAUCAUUUUACUUUUUA